AUGAGCAUCUUCUUCAAGAAGCCGGCAGAUGCUGCGGGCUCUACCGCCGUCGCCCUCUUCGUCGGCCUGUUCGUCGCCUUUGGUGGCGUUCUGUUUGGUUAUGAUAUCGGCUAUAUCAGUGGCAUUCUUGCUAUGGAUUAUUGGAAAACUCAUUUCUCCACGGGUUAUCGAGAUGAGACUGGGGAGCUCAACGUGACCGCCGGCCAGCAGUCCCUGAUCGUGUCGAUUCUGUCGGCGGGGACAUUUGCCGGUGCACUCCUGAGCUCUCCCAUUGCGGAUUAUAUCGGCCGCCGCAAGGCUUUGAUGGCUGACAGCUGUGUUUUCAUGUUUGGUAAUGUCAUUCAGACGGCAGCCACCUCGAUUCCGCUUUUCCUCGCGGGACGAUUCUUUGCAGGUCUGGGAGUCGGCCUGCUCAGUGCAACCAUCCCGCUUUACCAAGCCGAGACGUCGCCCAAGUGGCUCCGGGGCGCCGUCAUUGGAUCAUACCAACUCUUCAUCACUGUUGGCAUGUUCACGGCCGGCAUCGUCGACAACGCCACCAAGAAUAGAGACGACACGGGGUCGUACCGCAUCCCGAUCGGCAUCCAAUUCAUCUUCGCCCUCAUCAUCUUCUUUGGUGCCAUGCUUCUUCCUGAGACACCCCGCCAGCGGGUGCGCGAGCGUAAAUUUGACGAGGCAGCGCGGAGCCUAUCGCGCCUGAGACGGCUGGAUAUCAAUCAUCCAGCCAUCGUGGACGAAUUGGCCGAAAUCAGAGGGAAUCACGAAUAUGAAAUGUCGUUGGGCUCUGCCUCGUAUUUGACCUGUUUCCGCAAGCCGAUCCGCAAGAGACUCAUCUCGGGGAUUUGUCUGCAGGCUCUGCAGCAACUGACAGGCAUCAAUUUCAUCUUCUACUACGGAACAACCUAUUUCCAACGCACUGGCAUCUCAAACCCUUUCCUCGUGACCGUCAUCUGCGACGUCUGCAACAUCGUCGGUGUCUUCCCGGGUCUCUAUUUAGUCGAGAGAUGGGGCCGCCGGCCGCUCCUGAUAAUGGGCGCCCUGGGCAUGGCCGCAUGCGAGUUCAUCGUGGCCGCUAUCGGCGUCACGUUACCCGACAGCACCACGGCGAACUCGGUCGUCAUCGCCUUUGUGUGUUUUUACAUUGUCUUCUUCGAACUGAGCUGGGGUCCCGGCGCAUGGGUCGUCACCGGCGAGAUUUUCCCGCUCAAGACCCGUGCCAAAGCCUUGGGAAUGACUUCGUCUAGCAACUGGUUGCUCAACUGGGCUCUGGCUUAUGCGACCCCAUACAUGGUCAAUCCGGGCAAGGGCAACGCCAACUUGGGAUCCAAGGUGUUCUUCAUCUGGGGCGCUCUGUGUGUCUUGUGUGCUGUUUUCGUGCAGUUCUGCAUCUACGAAACCAAGGGUCUCUCCCUGGAACAAGUCGACGAACUUUACGAGAAAGUGCCGCACGCGUGGCAGUCUGCCGGAUUCGUGCCGACGGUCAGCUUCGCCGAGGUCCAGCAACGCAGCAUGUCGCUUGUAGACAACGACAAGCCUGAGAAGACCGAAACGGAGAUUGCCAUCUCGGAUGUGUCCUUCUUCGAGUCGGAGUUCGAGCUCGGAGCCGGGGGCGCGGCUGCGAUAUACAUCUAA